ACCACAGCAACAAAUUUCAUCUUCUCCCAAAGACCCACUUGAGGAAUCGAUAGAAACAAGACAACAACAACAACAACGCCAUCACUCUCCACCAAUUGUCGCUUCAUUCUAUGUUCCGAGUGAGCAGCAAUUUGAGGCUGUGAAUCCAAAGAGGCCUAGGUAUACUGGGCAGUGGAAGCUUUUGCCAUCUGCAACAACAACGCAGCAAAAACAGUAGACCCAGUUGGCCGAAUCAAGCCCAACCAACCCACAAACCCAACAAUCCCACACCGCAACCGCUUCUUCCUCAAACACAGCCUCAUCGCCAUCCACCGACACCAACAGGUGGGGCUAAUUUUGCAUCCAUGGCACAAACCUCUGGGCAAACAACCUUCCAAACCAAGGGUAACAGUGGUGCUGAAAAAUAUGCGAACUUCAACUGGGAUGAACUUGGAUUUGAUCUAGUUCCAACAGAUUACAUGUACGUGAUGAAAUGCUGUGAAGAGGAGAAUUUUAGUCAUGGAAACUUAGUUCCAUAUGGGAACAUUGAGAUGAGCCCAUCUGCCGGAAUCUUAAACUAUGGACAGGGGUUGUUCGAAGGUCUAAAGGCAUACAGGAAGGAAGAUGGUUGUGAUGUUUUGCUGUUUCGACCAGAACAAAAUGCUCAACGCAUGAAGAGGGGUGCAGAGAGACUGUGCAUGCCAUCGCCAUCUGUUGAACAAUUUGUUGAGGCUGUAAAACAAACAGUCCUUGCCAACAAGCAUUGGGUACCUCCCCCAGGGAAAGGGUCGCUCUAUAUUAGGCCAUUGCUCUUUGGAAGUGGACCUCAUCUGGGCGUGGGGCCAGCACCAGAGUAUACAUUCCUCAUAUAUGUAGUUCCUGUUGGAAAUUAUCAUAAGGGCCUCUUAAACUUGGUUGUUGAAGAUAAGUUCCAUCGUGCUACUCCCGGUGGAACUGGAGGCAUCAAGGCCGUCACCAACUACUCACCGGUUUACAAAGUAGUGACUCAAGCAAAGGCCAAAGGAUUCUCUGAUGUCCUAUUCCUAGAUGCACUGACAGGGAAAAAUAUUGAGGAAGUUUCAGCAUGUAAUAUUUUCAUUGUCAAGGGUAAUGUUAUUUCGACCCCAGCAACACAUGGAACUAUUCUGCCUGGAAUCACUCGAAAGAGUAUCAUUGAGAUUGCCCUUUCUUUUGGUUACCAGGUCGAGGAACGUGUAAUCCCGGUGGAGGAUUUGCUUGAAGCUGAUGAACUUUUCUGUACAGGAACUGCUGUGGUUGUAACUCCCGUUACUAGUGUCACCUGUCACAAUAAAAGGGUUGAAUACAAAAUUGGAGUUGAAAUGGUGUCACAGAAAAUACAUGUGAUGUUAACUGGGAUUCAAACGGGCCGUAUUGAGGACAAGAUGGGGUGGACUGUCGAAGUUGAUUGAGCAUCUCUCCUCUCAUUUACAAUAAAACUUUGUUUGUCAUUGUUUCUUUAAUUUUGUCCACAAUAUUCCACUUGAGGAGUUUAUCAGGUUUUAAGACAUUGAAUGGAUAGUUCUAUGUUUAUUAUU